AUUUCAGAUCUCCGCGAUUCCUUUCUCUCCCUCUGAUGAUUGCUCAAAGCUACUAGACACUUCCGAUCAGAAUCAGGCGAAAAUGUGCGGGAUCUUUGCUUACCUGAAUUACAAUGUCUCGCGUGACCGACGAUACAUUCUGGAGAUCCUGUUUAAUGGCCUGAGGCGUUUAGAGUACAGAGGCUAUGAUUCCGCCGGAAUUUCCAUCGAUUCGUGCUCCGGAGAUCCAAGUGGAGAUGCUCCUAAUUCUCUUCUUCCUCCUCCUCUCGUCUUCCGCCAAGAAGGCAAUAUUGAAUCGCUUGUUAAAUCCGUUCAUAAAGAGGUUGCGUCGACAGAGCUAAACUUGGAUGAAUCCUUUUAUGUUCAUGCCGGCAUUGCUCACACACGAUGGGCGACUCAUGGAGAACCAUCUCCGAAAAAUUGUCAUCCGCAGACAUCUGGUGCGGGGAACGAGUUCUUGGUAGUACACAAUGGAAUUAUUACUAACUAUGAGGUGUUUAAGGAGACACUAGUACGGCAUGGAUUCAGCUUUGAAUCUGAAACUGACACCGAAGUGAUUCCAAAGUUAGCCAAAUAUGUUUUUGACAGGGCAAAUGAAGAUGGUGACCAGACUGUCACAUUUAGUCAAGUUGUGCUUGAAGUUAUGAGGCAUCUAGACGGAGCCUAUGCACUAAUAUUCAAAAGCUGUCAUUAUCCAAAUGAGUUGAUUGCUUGCAAACGCGGUAGCCCAUUGGUCCUAGGUGUCAAAGAAUUAAGUGAAGGCACAAGCACUGGAGCAUCAUUUCUUGACCUUAAGUUCCUUUCAGAGAAUGGGCAUCCAAAAGAAUUUUUUCUAUCCAGUGAUGCUAGUGCUCUAGUUGAACACACAAAAAGGGUUUUGGUGAUUGAAGAUGGUGAACUAGUUCAUCUUAAGGAUGGCAGGGUUUCAGUCUUUAAAUAUGAUAGUGACAAAGGAAAACAUGGCACUGCUCUUUCUAGGCCAUUAUCAGUGCAACGUGCAUUAUCCAUCCUCGAGAUGGAGGUUGAACAAAUCAACAAAGGAAAAUAUGAGCAUUACAUGCAGAAAGAAAUUCAUGAACAACCUGAGUCUCUUACAACCACUAUGCGAGGAAGGCUUAUGCGUGGAGGUUCUUGCAAGGCAAAGACCGUUCUUUUAGGUGGUUUGAAAGAUCACUUAAAAACUAUUCGGCGUAGUCGACGUAUUGUUUUCAUUGGCUGUGGUACGAGCUAUAAUGCAGCUUUGGCUGCAAGACCUAUCUUGGAAGAACUUUCAGGUGUGCCAGUUACAAUGGAAAUUGCUAGUGAUCUGGUUGAUCGGCAGGGUCCAAUUUAUAGAGAAGAUACUGCAGUUUUUGUUAGUCAAUCUGGUGAAACUGCAGACACUUUGCUUGCACUAGCAUAUGCCCUAGAAAAUGGUGCAUUAUGUGUUGGGAUCACGAAUACUGUCGGCAGUGCAAUAGCCAGGAGAACACAUUGUGGAGUUCACAUAAAUGCUGGUUGUGAGAUAGGUGUGGCAAGUACCAAGGCCUACACAAGUCAAAUUGUUGUGAUGGCAAUGCUGGCUCUUGCUAUUGGAGAUGAUACUAUGUCUAGUCAAUUAAGGCGGGAGGCUAUAGUAGAUGGUUUAUUUGAUUUGCCAAAUAAAGUUAGAGAGGCACUCAAGCUUGACCAGGAAAUGGAAGAUUUAGCAAAGCUUUUGAUUGCUGAGCAGUCACUUCUUGUAUUUGGAAGAGGCUACAACUAUGCAACAGCGUUAGAGGGAGCAUUAAAAGUGAAAGAGGUUGCUCUGAUGCACAGUGAAGGAAUACUUGCAGGUGAAAUGAAGCACGGUCCUUUGGCACUGGUUGAUGAAAAUCUUCCAAUUAUAGUUAUUGCUACUCAUGAUGCUUGCUUCAGCAAGCAGCAGUCAGUUAUUCAGCAACUUCAUGCCCGCAAAGGUCGCUUGAUAGUAAUAUGUUCAAAGGGAGAUGCAGCCUUGGUAUGUCCCAGUGGAUCUUGUAGAGUUAUUGAAGUUCCUCAGGUUGAGGAUUGUCUCCAACCUGUGGUUAAUAUUAUCCCAUUGCAGUUAUUGGCAUAUCAUCUCACUGUUCUACGUGGAUACAAUGUUGAUCAACCACGAAAUCUUGCAAAGAGUGUGACAACUGAAUAAGAAAGGUUCAUACCUUAUAAGAAAGGUUCAUUGACUACAUUCUCACUAAGAAAACUGAGCAUAAGCUGAAAGUGUUUUAAUGGUAAUCUUUUGGUUUUGCUCCUACCUAAGUUCUUUUGCUGAAAUGCCCUCAUGCCAAAACUUCUGUUGUAAAUUGUUAGAAAUGGAGCACCUGCAUGUUGGCCAAAAAUAAAGAGCACCUGAAUGGCUCCACACUCAACUUGAUCUGAUCUGUUUUUGUUUAGCUGAAUGGUUUGUUGAAUUCAUUGUAACUAAUAUUUCUUCUCUUUAACUAUACCACCAAAUAUGUGGCAUUUGGUUGCCUUCUGGUCUUACUAUUGACACUUUCUUCUUCUUUGUAGUGCUUGACUCCUAAGGGAAAGUUUCUCAUAUUAAUUGAACAGUAUUCAUAGUAGUAGGAGUUUGCUACAAAGCAAAGUUGGCGUGACGUAAUGUAGUUCAGUAUUCAAUAUUAAUAUAACAGUAAUGUUUUU